AUGUUCAAUCUUCGACAGCUGGCGGCUCUGGCCGUCAUCUGCUAUGCCUCACCCAGCCAUGCGACCUCGUCGCUCAAGCCAAGCAAGGACAUCGCCAAGGAUCGCGCGCCUCAGAUCUUCAACUCGGUGCACGACUCAAUGCGCCAGUGGGGGUCCAGCCUCCACCACAACGGAGUGUCCUUCUUCCUGGCCACCGUCCCCGAGGGCGUCCUCCUCUACCACGGCAACAACCGACCCGAGUCGCCUACUGAGCCCGAUUGGCUGGCCUACGAAAUCGAGCACGCCGAGCAGUUUGCCAGAUCGAGAGGGCCUCCCCGGGGCAAGGGCAAGUCGCGCGCCGAGCGUCGCAAUACAUUCUUCAAUCUCAACCCGGUGGACACAGAGACUCAGCAGCACAUCCUCAACACUGGUGAUAAGGAGCCCCAAGUACCAGAUGAUGGCGAGAAGAAGAAGGGUGGGUGGCUGCAUGUGUACAAGACCGCCAGAGCCCUUCCCUUUUUAUACAUUGACGGGAUGAGCGGUGGUAAGACGGAGAUGGGAACCCUGGACUCACAGGACUAUCUCCUACGCAACAAGACUCAGGAGGAGGACGAACCCGGCCAGCCACAUCGUGGUCCCAUGGGUGAAGGGACUCGUGCCCGGGAGCUGUGCGAGUUGAGCAACUCGUGGGGCUUACAGGGUGUUAUUCGCAUGGAGGCUGGCUUUGAAAUCAUCAAGUGUGACUUCAAGGACGGACUGGAGGAGAUUCAGACGCUUCAGCGCCCUACCGUCCUGAUGGAGACCGUCCUGAUCGUCCUGGAAAGGGUCCUGACGGCCCUGGCAAGUGGCCCGGUCAUGGCCCUAAAAGGCCAGACGGCGAGCGCCCAGAUGGACCUGGACACUGGCCUGGUCAUGGGCCGGAUGGUCCUAAUGGAGACCGACCCGAUGGUCCUGGACAUUUCCCUGGCCAUGGCCCAGACAGUCCUGAUGGUCCUGAUCAUGGUCCUGGUGGCCCCGAGAAGCGCCCUGAUGGACCUGGACAAUGGCCUGGUAAGGGACCGCGACCUUGGCCCGGGCAUCCCCCACGUCACCCUGAAGAUGGGCUUGAAUACCCGCCACCACCUCGCGGCCCUUGGUCUCGGCCUGGCCCUCCUCCUCCUCACGGUCCUCCUCGUUCACGACGCCCCGCGGAUGGCCCCGAACAUCUGCCCCCGUCGCGCGACCACUGGCCUGGUCCUCGUCCACGACACCCCAAAGACGGUCCCGAACACCCUCCUCCAUCACCUGCCCAUUGGCCUUGGCCUGGUCCUCCUCCUCGCCACCCAGGAGAGGGAGCUGAAUACCCAUCACCAGACGGUCCUGAACCACGGCCCAGACAUCCUCAUGGCCGCCCUGAAGACAGGCCCGAGUAUCCAGCUGAAGGAAGUCCCCGAUCUUGGCCCGGCCCCCCUCCACGUCAAUCUGAAGACGAGCCACAAUACCCACCACCACAUGGCCCAGACCCACGGCCAGAACAUCCCCCGCGGCGCCCAGAGGAUGGGCCCGAACAUCGACCACCACCGCCUCGACACUGGCCCUGGCCCGGUCCUCCCCGACGCCCUGAAGAUGGACCUGAAGGGUGAACCUGGAAAUUCGCCAGGAAAGCGCCCCAGUCGUGGCCCCGGACACGGCCCAGGGAACGGCCCAGGGGGGAGCAUCUCCAGCUUCGAGUUUCUUCGUGGAAUCUCGAACAGAUACGACGGCAUUGGCUCUACUCGCACGGUUUUGGACUAUUCGUCCAUGGUGUCUGCCUAUUUCUUCCCUGUCAACUUGACGAAUCCCGACCCCAAGCGUCCGGAUCUGCCACGGCUGACCAACCUCUCCGAGGAUGAGCUCAAGCAUAUCCGGGGAGUUGUCGGGGAUGUCGUCAAAGAACGAUUGGACGGAAAGGCACCAGUCAUAAACUGGCAGGAUGUUGCAGAUCUCAUCGUCAAGCGAUAUGCGGAGAGGCUCCAGUUCAUGACACAGGAAGACACCUCGCCCAAGCGCAUCGCGGACGAAGCAAACUUCCUCCUAGACACUUUCAUCGACUAUUCCGAGGAAGAGAAGAGCCAAGAUAACUCUGCCAGCAUCUCCCGCUGCACCAGCCUGUACUUGCAGCCCAUCACACCAAAGACAACGGCCGAUGAGCUUAUUCAUGCUGCCUUUGAAGAGGUUUUGUCACAGAUUUGCACUACGCUGUUCAAGGUCCGUGACAUUUCCCUCGUGGCUCAGCAGAAUGAAGAUUAUGCUCUCCCAACCGCGGUCGGCACACUGCAGUCCUUGUUGAACUACCUCGGGUGGGCCAGCUUCAAACGAUGCCCUCCUUGUGGCGUUGACGAGGUCUGCCUCAUCCCCAUGUGGCCGUUUGGGACUGUGGAUGCUUAUGAGCACCCUCGGUGCGUCAAGUCGACAGACGGCCGAGGCGACGGCGAGAGCUACUGGGGAGACAGACCUGGGCCUCCUCCACCCAAGUACGAGUAA